ACACAAACUAUGCGAUAUCGUACAGUAGUUCCAUGUUUUAACCCGUAGUUCAUAGCAGUUCAAACUGUGAUUUGUAUAAAGCCGUACAUCUAAUAUGGAAGUGUUUACAUUAAAUUUCGUGUUUGUUUUACAAUCUGUUUUGAUCGGAUUAUUCAUUAUCGCAUUGUAUAAUGCAAUACGUUUUUACCGCUACGUGAAACGCAUGGAACGUGCUUUUUCUGGCGUAACAAUACCUGAAACUCACUGGCUUUUAGGAUGUUUUCCAUUCUUUCCCAAAGACCCUACGAAGCGCAUUCAUCAUUUCAUCGAGCUUUGCAACAAGAAUGUCUGCGAGGAUGGGUUCGCCUUCCUGUGGGGGUUCUUCCGGCGUCCUAUUGUCAUCGCGUGUAGCCCCGACGCUAUGGGACAGAUCUGUAAAAGCAACGCACCAAAGGCCCGUGGUCUGGUCAGUGUAUACCGUCUGAUGGAACCCUGGCUUGGGGAAGGACUUCUGGUGGCUAACGGGAAGCGAUGGGCCCGGAACAGGCGGCUCCUCACGCCGGCGUUCCACUUUGACAUCUUGAAACCUUACACGAAGGUCUUCAACAGGUCGGCAGACGUGCUGGUGGCCAAGCUCUCCGAGAAGGCUGCGACCAAGGAGAGUUUCGAGGUGUUCCAGAACGUGCUCCUGUGUACGCUAGAGAUCAUUCUGAAGUGCGCCUUCUCCUAUGAGAAAGACGUGCAGCAUGCCGGGGAGGCAGAUCCAUACGUGAAGGCUGUAAACCGUAUUACAGACACCCUGAUUGUACGAUUUUGGCGGCCUAUCCUUCUAUGGGACUUCGCAUUCUACCUGACCGGCACGGGUCGCAAGUUCAAGAAAGACUGUGAUUUCGUGCAUUCUGUGGCGGAGGAAAUAAUUGACAAACGGAAACAAGCUUUGGCGGCCGGAGCGGAUACCGAUGUCGCAGAGAAGCGUUACGUCGACUUCCUUGAUAUCCUGCUUACGGCGCGGGACGAGACGGGGAACGGACUGACGCGCCUCGAGAUCAGAAACGAGGUCGACACCUUCCUGUUCGAAGGCCACGACACGACCGGGAGCGCUAUUUCCUGGAUCCUUUACUCGCUGGCACAACAUCCGGAGUACCAGAGAAGAUGCCAACAGGAAGUGGAUGCAGUGCUCGCCGGCCGCGAUUUCGACGACAUCGAAUGGUCUGAUCUACCGAAACUUGAGUUCCUCACCCAGUGUAUUAAAGAAGGCAUGCGCCUGCACGCGCCCGUCCCCAUUUUAGCACGAGAACUGCAAGAGGAGCUUAACAUUGGGGGUCGCGUCAUACCUCCGGGCUGCAUUAUGCAGCUAAAUAUCUGGGCUCUUCACCAUAUGGAGAAAUACUGGGGCGCAGACCACUGGGAGUUCAAACCGGAGCGAUUCGCACCCGAAAACAUCGACAAGAUAGCCUCUUACCAAUUCGUUCCAUUUUCAGCCGGAAAUCGAAACUGCAUCGGACAGCACUUCGCGAUGAACGAAGAGAAGGUGAUCUUAAGCAAACUACUGAGAAAUUUCACGUUCAGCCUUGAUCCUGCUCACGAAGUGAAAAAGAGCGCGUCUGCAGUGAUGCGAACGGUAGAUGGCCUGCAUAUGUUCUCUAAGAAACGGAGUAAUUGAGACGCUUGGAAAAAAUGCAUGGACUCUUAAAGAGAUAAACGUCACUAAAGCGCUUGGAUAUAGAAACUGGGAUGCUCUGUCUAUUUUAGUACGUGCCUUUUAGGAUUAUUGAUUGAUUGUUAUGUGUGAACUUGACUUCAGUUCUUAUUAAUCAGGAAUUGUAUUUUUAAAUGUGGAUGUGGCUGCAAUACGUGUUCAUUCAAAUGUGAAAAAGAUCAAUCAUAAAAAACAUUAUUUGAAAAGUUGAGAAUUCAAAUGAGCGACUUCUUAUAAAUCAUCUCAAAUAAAUCAUCAGAAUCGCAUUACAUAUAAUGUAAAUACAUUGUUGUAAACCUCGUUGUAUGUUUCUUUAAUGAGCAUUCUACUUUCAUCUGAACAUCAAUCUAAAAAGUGCUCAGCUAAUAUAGCAGUCACUUGCAUACAACGGUGACUUUGAUGACGUCCCUUGGCUGGCUGCUGUACACAGUUUGGACUGUUUAUUGUUAAGGUAUCAAAACAUAUAUACUGAUUUCACAUUAGCCCUUUAUAUACAAUGUAAUUAACAUAUUGAUGCUAAUUGUCGUGAUAAAAUCGUGUAUAAACUA